AUGAAGAGGGAGGCCGUGGAGGCGGUAUUUCCGCUUGUGGCGCCGUCGAUGGUGGAUUCUUUGGACGAGGUGGUGAAAGUGAUUGUUGGGGGGGUUGCUAAUGGCGGUGAAUCUGGGAAAUCCAGCGGUUCUGAGAGUGCAGCCAAUGGCGAUGGACCAGGACAGAGAUUUGAUCCUCAAGCUAGGGCAAAGGAGCUAGCAUACAAUUCAUUCGGCCUCCUCCUUCUAUCGUCAUCCUCAACCCCAAAUUUGGACGACUUUCGUGACCAUGUGGCCCUGUUGUAUGGAGCUUUCGGCAGCAUGCUGCUCUCCAGCCAAAACUACACCUCUGCCACCCACUACUACAUGUCCUUGACGGAGCUCCACAUGUACGGUAUUCUCUUGUUCCAGGGAACGCCGUUUUGUGUUAGACAAUUGGUGCACCUACGGAGUGCCAUCACUCAUUACCAGCUUAUCGCUACCUCGCUGGAUAGCGACAUCAGCGGGCUUCUGGAGCUACGACGGAUUCUAUACACUGUCGAGCGAAACACUGCGUUGUUUGCAAUCGAGGAGGCCUUCAAAUCGGGGUGUCUAAUUAAUACAGGGCCGUCCUCGCCGUUUAUGUCCAACCCAAACAGCAAAACCUUGGUUUUGGACUGUGCUCACGAUAUAUUCAAGCUUUUGGAGGAGCACGGUGUCUACACGAGGAUCUCCAGUCUCCCUAAUCUUUUCCUCUGGCGCUAUGUUACGUUUUCAAACCAGACUGGUGUUUACGGAAGCGUCAAGAUGAACGCUCAAAAUGUCACCCAGGCAGGAGCCCAGACCCCUUUCGUGCAGCUUCUUGUCGCCUUGAUUUCAUUCAAGGUGCUUGUGCUUCAUGCUGGUGAGUAUACUCCAAUCACUGUGAGCAACGAGCUACUUGAAUUCAUCACUCGGGCCAUAAUAGCUCUUAUAGCUGCCAAAACCGAUCCUUACUUUACCACACGCCUCACAGCAUUCUCCUUAGUGCCUCAUCUAUUGGACCUUCUUCGCUGCUACUUCGAAUCUGUCAGCAAUGCCCCACCUCCAGACGCCGUUGAUCGGCUCAGAGAGUAUGCCCAUUUGAUUUUUCCCUUGUGCGCCAAAAGCUCGUAUAUGGGAGCAGCGAAGUUGGAUCCGGUCUUGUCUGGUUGGUUCUCGAGAGAAUUCAGCGAUUGGGAGUCUAGCGCCCCCUCCAGCGCCUCGACGUAG